ACGAUAUAUAAGCCUUUCAACCCGUCCACAAGACCAGUAAACAUGAUUGAGAUGUCGGAAGGGUCCGAACCGCAAGCAUCGGCAAUACCACCACGAACAGGCGCUAUAUAACAUGGACCACCAACCACUCACCCCCGAACAGAUCGAACACUUCGUUCAACAUGGCUGGCUGAAGAUUCCCAACGCGAUCGACAAGAAGUACCUAGAGUUGUGGAUGAGCAACCUGUGGACGAGGCUUGGAUGGGACAAGGACGCCAAGUCGACUUGGACAGACGAGUAUGUCAAGAUGCCACGUCAUCGCGAGGUCCCUGUCGAGGAACUCAGUCCGAAAGCGUGGCAGGCUGCAUGUGAAUUAGUCGGAGGGGAGGACAAGAUCGAUCCUAUCCGCGAGCGAUACCACGGUGAUCAGAUGAUCUGUAACUUCGGCACGGAGCAUUGGACCAAGAACGAUUUCACCCCUCAACAAGCGACAGGCUGGCAUCACGACAAUGAUUGGUAUCGACAAUUCCUGGACUCGAGCGGUAACGCGAUCACCGUCAUUCAUUGCUUCACGGACAUCCCGCCUCGAGGAGGCGGGACUUAUCUCUGUGAGGACGGUCUGGCGAACAUCUGUCAGACUCUGCUCGAUCAUCCGGAAGGUUUUGAGCCGCCGUUGGAUCUGUAUUCUCAUAUCCCUAAUUGCAAGAAGUUUGUCACCGUCGAAGCGAAGGCUGGGGAUGUGUUUCUCCUUCACGGUCUACUUCCUCACACCAACAGCAAGAACCACCUUCGAUAUGCUCGCGUCAUCGCUAAUCCGCACAUCAACAUGGUCGAGCCGUUCAACUUGAACCGGGUGGACGGCGCAUACACCCCUUGCGAAAAGGUCAUCCUCAGGGCGCUCGGACGCGAGUCGAUUCCUGAAUACAGACCCAUUCGGGAACGUCAAGCAUACUUCCCACGGACCGCCACCUUCAAGCGAGCUAGGAUCGACGCCGAGCUCGAGCGGAUGAUCGCUGCUGCCGCGGCUGAAGGACUCGGGAGGGAUUCAGUGGAUAGUAUUUACCUCAAAGGUGAAGAAGCCAUACGAGAACACGAACGACGAGCCGGGUAUGAUUUGGCUCAUGGACCAGGAGGGAUCGCUCAUACCAUUGACGAUACCGAGAGGGUGACCGCCGAGUAGGAGGAUCGAGGUAUCGGACAGCGUAUAGAUUAAUCGUCGUCGAGCGCGCCAUCCUGCGCCUACCGCUUAAUAGCGACCUUUCCGACGUGCACAGAGUGGAUAGAGACAUGUAAUCGCUCCUAACGCAAUGGAACAUACGUUUCACUGAUGCUUGUUGAUAAAGAGUGAUGAUAUUGGACUUGGUCUGAAUGAGAAGCUUUGUCGUGGGAGACA